UUCAGCUUAGUGUUUUGCUGGCUGACUCUCUGGUUGAUGCUGUGUUGUGAGAACGAUGGGGUGUUUUUGUCAGAACUGGGAGUAGAAUAGCUUCAUCAGCAUAAAGGUGUGCUUGGGGUAAUUAGCCUUGAUUAGUUUACCCAAAGUGCUUAAGCCCUCAGCGUUGCUGCCUCUGCGCUGCAUUGUGCUGUGGUUUGUAGCCAUAUCCCUGGUGUCCUGCCUGAGGUCAGCAAUGCAACUUCUUCACUGGAAUGAUGUGGUUGUCUUGAUGGAAGUCCAUGGUGUUUCCUCCUCCUUUUAUACACAGAACUGCUGAUGAGUGUUGGGAAGACCAGGGAAUGCACAAGCAGCCAGUCCUGCCUAUAAGAGAACAGUCAUGUGAAGCAGCUUAUUCCUGGGCAGUGAUGAGCUCUCGGAGAGUUUUUUAGUGUCAGAGUUAGCAGGGAUUGAUGACAAUGUGUGGCCAGUCGUGGUUUAAUGAUGUCAUGUGCUGGAUUGAGCGUCACAGAAACUGAAUCUAUGAAUCCUGCUGCAGUCGUUUGAGAGUUGCAGAUUGUGCUUGUACAUGAAGGCUUAAUGCAUGCUGGUUUGUCCUAGAAUGCAAGUUGUGGAGCAAACCUCUGGAAGAUGUUAGAUUUGAGACAGUACAGUUGUCCAGCCAGAGUUCAGUCAUGCUUUACCUCAGCCUCUUCCGUUGGCUUUUCUCCCUCUGGUGUAGGUGUACUCAAAUGAGGGACCUUCUUAGACUUAUAUCAGGGCAAGGAAUGAAACUACAUGACAUUUUUUGCUCUGUUCUGAGGACCAAGAGGGGAGACUGCAGCUGGUCCUGCAAGGGGGUUUGGAUUUUUUUCCUGUAAUAAAACAGGAUUCAGCUAAAUGUACAGGAGCUUUCUGAAACCCCUUCAGAACUUCUGCACACCCAUAACAUGUAUACAUAGAGUUCUGCAGGGCUUCUGGGUUUGUUCUUUUUUCAGCAGAUUUUGUACUUGAGCAGUUGCUCAGGGAUGGUGGUGGUUGUCUCUGGUGGUUCUCUGUGGUCAAGAUGUGGUCUUGUUCAUCACAUUUCUGUUGGGACCAGUGAAAGUCUAAGAAUCCAUCUUGCUGGGCUGAGCUUGUGCACUGAAGAACACUCUUUUUGCAGUUCUGUUAUAAAGCUUAUUUAGGUAGACAGGACUUUUUAGUUGAAUAAACAUUUGCAUAAAAAUCAAGGUGAUUUUUGUAUUAAACUGUUCAUGCAGCCAACUAGACUGGAGUGACCUGUGCACGGGCAGGUGCGGUGUGCAAGCAGAUCUGUGAACUGGGCAUCAUCUUAAUACUUAAAUAUACUUAAAAUGCUUAAGUGUGUAUUAGAUACUGUGCAAAUCUGUGCUGCUGAUACUAAAAGCAGCAUCAGAGAUCCACAAGGAUUUCACACACUGCUCCUGUGCUAGUAUUCUCUUCCAAUUCUUGAUUCUGGUGGUUUACAGCCCCUCUUUGCUUCUCUCUUUACCCCAAGUGCUUCCAAUUGUCCAUUGAAUGUCUAGCCGCUGCUGCCUGCCUAAUGUCUCCCUUCCCCCCGAGAGGUGAUCGGAGCAAGUGGUGCUCCUCAUCAGCUUCUUGUGCUGGAGCAGCCAAGAGUUCUGGAACUGGGAGAGCUUGGUAGGUCCUAGGAACAUAGAGGGGGUGGCAGUGUUUGAACCCCACCAAAGGCAGGGAGAGAGAAGCUGGAGGGCAGAGCUGCCGUGUAGAGGGACCUCAGCAAGCAGGAGGAACAGGCCGACAGGAACCUCAUGAUCACAGAAUGGUUUGGGUUGAAAAGAUCUAAAAGAUCAUAUAGUUCCAAAACACCUCCCACUGGAUCACGUUGCUUAAAGAGAAAGACCUUAUUGCUCUCUACAACUACCUGAAAGGAGGUUGUAGAGAGGAGGGUGCUGGCCUCUUCUCCCAAGUGACAGGUGAUAGGACAAGGGGCAGUGGCCUCAAGCUCUGCCAGGGGAGGUUCAGACUGGAUAUCAGGAAAACAUUUUUCACAGAAAGGGUCAUGGGGCACUGGCAGAGGCUGCCCAGGGAGGGGGUUGAGUCACCAUCCCUGGAGGCAUUUAAAAGACAGGUAGACAAGGUGCUCAGGGACAUGGCUUAGUGGCAGAUAGAAAUAGUUGGACUCGAUCCAAGAGGUCUUUUCCAACCUGGUGAUUCUAUGAAAGCCCCAUCCAACCUGGCCUUGAACACCUCCAGGCAGGGGGCAGCCACAACUUCUCUGGGCAACCUGUGCCAGUGCCUCAUCACUCACACAGUAAAAAUGUUUUUCCUAAUACUUAAUUAAAUUUUCCUUCUUUCAGUUUAAAACCAUUCCCCCUUGUCCUAUCCCUGCAUUUCCUGAUAAAGAGCCCCUCCCCAGCUUUGUUGUAGCCCCCUUGCAGUACUAGAAGGCUGCUCUCAGGUCUCCCUUAGCCUUCCCUUCUCUAAGCUGAUGUUGAAUGAUGCAAGGUUGUGCACAUGGGAGAACAAUCCCCGCAGACAGGGAAGUGCAUCCUGGCCUUGGCUGUGCAGCAGCUCUGCAGGAAAGGACCUGGGCUUCCCAUGGAUAAUAAGCGUGAGUUAGCAGGGCAUCUUAGUAGCAAUGAGAACAAACUGGGCUGCAUUAGCAAGUUGUAAUCAUCAUGUUGAGGCAAAGGGUUGUUCAAUUACUCUGCUACAUUUGGCAUUAAUGAGGCCACACCUGCAAAACAGUGUCUCAGCUUGGGCAGCCGGUGCAAACUGGAGAGUGUACAGUGUACAGAAGGCCACCAAGAUGGUAAAGGAUUGGAGCCCACAACACAGGAAGAGAAGUUGAAGGAAUUGGGCUCAUUUUAGCUUGGAGAAGGGAAUGUGAAGACGCAAGGGCCUUUCACUGUCUUUAAAGGUGUUGUAAUGAGGACAGAGCCAGGUACUUUUCAGAUGUGCCAAGUGACAGGAAAGGGGCUAGAGCUCCAUGUGGCUGGAAAAGAAUUUUGAAUUGGACACAAGGAAAGGUCUCACCGCAGGAGUGACUGAGUGCUGGAAUAGAUGCCUAGAGCAGCUGGGAAGCCUCUCCGCUCAAAACUCAGCGUCAAUGAAUGGUCCUUGAAGAUAAGGAAAGAAAUGAGAGUGAUUGAUAGACAGAUCAGAGAUAUCCAGAGAGAAGAGGAGAAGGUGAAGCGGUCAAUAAAGGAUGCUGCCAAAAAGGGUCAGAAGGAUGUGUGUGUAAUCUUGGCGAAGGAACUGAUCCGCUCUCGAAGGGCCGUAAGCAAACUCUACGCAUCCAAAGCUCACAUGAACUCUGUUCUCAUGGGGAUGAAGAACCAGCUUGCUGUCCUGAGAGUAGCAGGUUCAUUGCAGAAGAGCACAGAAGUCAUGAAAGCUAUGCAAAAUCUGGUGAAAAUCCCUGAAAUCCAAGCAACGAUGAGGGAGUUGUCCAAAGAGAUGAUGAAGGCUGGUAUCAUAGAGGAAAUGCUGGAGGACACCUUUGAAAGCCUGGAGGAUCAAGAGGAAAUGGAAGAGGAAGCAGAGAUGGAGAUUGACAAAAUCCUGUUUGAAAUUACAGCUGGAGCCUUGGGUAAAGCACCAAGUAAAGUCACAGAUGAUCUUCCAGAGCCGGAACCCAUGGGAGCAGCUGCUGCUGUUGAUGAGGAGGAAGACAUCGAGGCGAUGCAGUCGCGGUUAGCUACACUCCGUAGCUGAGGAUGGACCCAAGGUGUACAGUUUGCCUUUCUCUUUUUUGUUUUUUUGAGAUGGGAUAUUCUAUCCUACCUUCAAAAUGCAAAACUUAAUAUGUGAGAGUGCUUUAUUUAAUAUAUAUAUAUAUAUAUGUAUAUUUUCUUCCCGAGGAGUGUAUUCUCCAAGAAACGACUGUGGUUGAUUGAUACACUUCUUGGGGAGUGUAGUCUGUAGAGACCGUCUUGCCCUUUCCUGUCUGAUCCAUCUGCCCUGUGAGAGGCUCUGGUUCAGUGGCAAUGGUUGUGUCACAUAAUGUCUUUUUACAUAUAAAGUCCUGAAACCCAUUCUUGGCUUCAAGAACAGUCUCUCCCUAAAGGCACUUAACCUGCUACCAACAACUACCACUUCAGAUCUUUGUUUUUCUGAAUCACUACAGAUUUUAUUAAAGCUGCUUUUACCAGUUGCUUC